UGGUUCCGCGGGGGGCGGAGCUAGGUCAGCAGGCGACAAGCGGCGCUACCGGCAGCAGGGGCCGCGUGCGCGAGAGCUCGGCAGAGGAGGUCGGGCCGCUCCAGCGAAGGGACGCCGCGCGCGCGCAGCGCCUGGACUCCCGCCCGGAGGCUACAUAGCGCGAUUGCUGUCCCCUGUACAUGGUGUGGAGCCCUACUGCAACAAUGAAUUACAGGAGGGAAAUGAUGAGGCGAACAGUUCCAGGGCAAUUCGAUGAUGCAGAAUCCUCAGACAGUGAAUCUACCCAGGUCACUGAAACAGUGAAAGAGGAGGAGGAGGUAACUGUUAAGAAGCAGCAAUCAUGUUUAUCUGAGGAAGUGGACACUGAUGAAUUUGAAGAGGAUGACGAUGAGGAUGAAGAGUGGGAUUGGGAUGAUUCAGUUGGAAGACUCACCAAGCGUCCUACUGCAGCUGGAGGCUGCAAUACACAGGCAAAUAGACAGACCCCUAGUUGCAAUUCAGCAAAAAUGUCCACUCCUACAGACAAGGCACUAAGAAAAUUUGAACAUAAAAUUAAUCUUGAUAGGUUAAAUCUUGCUGACUCUGUAAUAAACAAAGUCACAGAAAAGUCGAGACAAAAGGAGGCAGAUAUGUAUCGAGUCAAAGAUAAAUCAGACAGAGCAACAGUAGAACAGGUAUUAGAUCCAAGAACUCGAAUGAUUCUGUUCAAGAUGCUAACUAGAGGAGUCAUAUCAGAGAUAAAUGGCUGCAUCAGCACAGGAAAAGAAGCUAAUGUCUAUCAUGCCAGUACAGUGAAUGGAGAGAACAGAGCAAUAAAGAUUUAUAAAACCUCUAUUUUGAUGUUUAAAGAUCGGGAUAAAUAUGUGAGUGGGGAAUUCAGAUUUCGUCACGGAUACUGCAAAGGAAACCCGAGGAAAAUGGUGAAGACAUGGGCAGAAAAAGAGAUGAGGAAUUUAAUAAGGUUGAAUACAGCACAAAUACCUUGUCCAGAGCCAAUUAUGCUAAGAAGUCAUGUACUUGUCAUGGGAUUUAUUGGUAAGGAUGACAUGCCUGCUCCUCUGUUGAAAAAUGCUCAGUUAUCUGACUCAAAAGCCCGGGAGUUGUAUCUACAGGUCAUACAGUACAUGAGAAGAAUGUAUCAGGAUGCCAAGCUUGUUCAUGCAGAUCUCAGUGAAUUUAAUAUGCUAUACCACAGUGGAGAGGUGUAUAUCAUUGACGUGUCUCAGUCGGUGGAGCAUGAUCAUCCACAUGCAUUAGAAUUCCUGCGGAAAGAUUGUGCCAAUAUCAAUGACUUUUUCUGGAAGUACGGUGUUGCAGUGAUGACUGUGAGAGAGCUCUUUGAGUUUAUUACAGAUCCUUCUAUCACAAGUGACAACUUGGAUGCUUAUCUCUCAAAGGCGAUGGAAAUAGCAGCCCAAAGAACAGAGGAAGAAAGGUCCAGUCAAGAUCAUGUGGAUGAGGAGGUGUUUAAGAAAGCUUAUAUCCCCCGAACCCUGACUGAAGUUAAAAACUAUGAGAGGGAUGUAGAUGUUAUGAUGAAAUUGAAGGAAGAGGACAUGGCAUUAAACGUACAGCAAGAUAAUAUUCUCUACCAGACAGUGACGGGAUUGAAGAAGGACUUGUCAGGUGUUCAGAAGGUCCCUGCACUCCUGGAAAAAAAAGAAGAGGAGAUGGCAUCAGAUUCAGAAGAUGAGGGCAGUUCUGAUAACUGUGACUCGGUCUGUAAAGAACAGGAAGAGUCACAGCAUCCCAAAGAUCAACCAGCUAAAGACAGCAUGGACAAAAAGGAAAGGAAAAAGCUGGUUAAAGAAGCCCAAAGAGAGAAGAGAAAAAACAAAAUCCCAAAGCACGUGAAGAAGCGAAAAGAGAAGACAGCAAAAAUGAAGAAAGGCAAAUAAUUUGACUUUGAUCCUGGGGGCAGGGUUAGCUGUUGCUGCCUGCUGGUCUCCAUUGGUCAUUUUCAUUACAAUGUCCUAUAUAUGUAAAGCUAGAUUUCACUGGGCUGGUGGACUGUUAACAAUCUGGUGCUUGACUGGACACAGUCUAUACUGUGGGUUUUUCAGCAGAGAAGAUUGGCUUGUGGGCCUUUGUAAAAAUGUGCAAAGCCUUUAGCCCUCCAUGUGGGGGCUGUUCUCCCACUUCUCGGACUGCCAGGAAGAAGGAAUGUCUUUAUGAUUCUAGCCCAAUAUAGAAUACACGUCCUUAUUGAGUAAACCCCAAAGGAAAACCCCAAUAGCAGCAUAGCCAUCUAGUUCUACUUUAUCAUGGACAUUGGUACCAUGUUUUCACAUGGAGGGGAAAUACAGGUGCACCAGUCCUUAUCUAGGCACAUAAAUAUAAGCACUCGCUCUCAUGGAACACCAGUGGCAAAACUGUCAUUGGCUACAAUGGAAGUAGGAUUGAACCAUGAGUGCUUUGAUAUUUUUCAGAGAUGUAAAAGACUACACUUCCCACUGGAGUCAAUGAGAGCUGUGGGCAAUCAGCACCUCUGAAAAGCAGGCCACUUGGAUGCCUAAAUAUGGGUUUAAGUACCUGACUUCAGGUACCCAAGUUUUGAAAAUGUUGGUUUAGCUGUUCAAAUGCUUCACCAUAAAACUCUUCCCCAUCUGAGAUACUUCUCAUAUGGUUGAUGUCAACUGGCUGCAGACUGCUGAGAAAUGGUAAUUACCAUUAGGCUUCUAAUAGUUCUUUGUCAGUUCCAUGCCUGUUUCUGUGUUUCAGGGCUCAUUGGGUGUUUUAGUAGUACUGGCAGAUGUUUCCAUUUUGAAUGAGAACAUCUGUACUGAGGUCAUCACAUAAGACUGCAGCUUCUUUGUCACUAUGCCUUUACAUCAGCUUAUACAACCAGAAGUGUGCUAUAUUUAUUGUCUGAAAUAUAUUUCAAAAUAGAAGCAUAAUGUUCUGUGACUGGUAUACUUCCGAAAAUGGGUUUUAUCCAGAUUCUAGCAAACUGUAUCAAUCUAUAAAGCUGGAGUACGAAGUUUAUUUAAUUAUAAGCCACUUUUGCUCUCCCCAAUGGUUAAAGAAAUAACUCAGAUAUAAGUGGUUGGUUCUAACAAGUGUACUAUGUCAUAUUUUAAUCAGUAAAUAAUGCUAACAGUUGAAAUGAACUAGCAGCCACAUCUCAUUUCAGUAUGUAUGAAUAAGAUCAUGAUUGUCACAUUGUUUUGGCGUGAGGGGGAAAAUGCCUCUAAAUAUGUCUGUUACAUUCGAUCAGGUCUUAGAACUGGUUUUUUUCUAUCCAGAGCUUGAGGAGCCCUCUGCUCCUAUUCCCACGAGAAAAUGAUGGUCUUUCUCUGAAUCCAAGUGACACGAGUGAUCUUAGGUACUUAACUUGAGAUGCUGUAAAAGAAGCCUGAUUUUUAGAAAUUGUUGAGCACCCACCCUCUGAAAAUCAGACCCCUCAAUGGACCUCACAUGACCUCUCAAAAUCAUGAGUGACUUCUGAAAAGAAGGCCAAAAUGCUUGGUAGUAUUCAAGAGGAUUAAAGAUGAAGAAUAUAAAUAUCCACAGUUACACUGGCUA